AGGACGCAGUGGGUGGUGGGAGCCUGGAGGGUCGUGGAGGGGCCGUGGGCGCCCGCCCCAUGACGAGAGCAGGAGGGAGCAGCCCAGGGCAGCACCUUGGUGCCGGCCACGUCGUCCGCCCUGUCCCUGCUGGGUCUUACCCCACCUGGGCGUCCGGAGGGACUCUCGGCCUCCCUUCCGUUUGGAGGUGCCAGAUGCAGUCGUUUGCUCUUGACGUGGGAGGAGGCGUCCCCGGGGGCCCCAGGCCUCUGACCGGUUGGACGCAGUCAGCCCUGGUCUCGGCCGGGCCUCUCUCCCCACCCCCGCUGCUUCCCUGACUGGCCAGCGCCGUGGCGUCGCCGUCCUCACCUUCCAAAGGAGGGCUGGGGGCCGCGACACAGGCCCGAGGAAGACCUCGCUGCCCCACGCCCCUUCACGUGUGAGCAAGACCCCUCGCGGUGACCAGUUCUCUGGGGUCGAGUGGAGGACGGAGGGGCUCCAGGAUCUGGAGGUGCCACGGUUGGAGAGGCGGCCUGGCAGAGGCGGCCAGACACCAGCCGGGCUUCCAGGACACGGCUGGGCCGGUGGGGCACGGGCCGUGGCCCCCGCACCAGAGGAGGCUCGCGCCCUCCUGGCCGCCAGCCCCCUGGGCCUGCGCCAGCUUGUGGUUCUUUCGCAUGGUUCCUUCGUGGGAGGCAGAGCUGAAGGAGACCUCACCCCCAGGGCAUCCUCAACAGGCAGGCAGGCCCGGCUGUCCUGGGCGUGGCCGCCUCCCUCUGACCGAGUGAGCUCCAGAAGUAGCUUGUGUUCUCUGGGCUUCGAUGUCCUUGCUGAACACGUGUCUGAGCCCUGGCCAUACUCAGUGUGCCCCCAUGUCUGCCCUGGAGUCCUUGGCCUGGAAGGGCCUGUGGGGUGGGCACCAGCGGGGCUCAUUCUGCUGAGGACAAGAGUGACCUAAAGAGGGCUCUUACCCGCUCCCACCCCACAGGAGGACCCGAUGCAUGGGCGACUUCCAGUCUCCCUCAACCUGACGUUGGCCCCCCACCCAGCCCGGUGUGAGCUGGGGCUGCAGACCACAGACCCCACGGGGUCCGGGCCGGUGCGCUGCUGUCUCACCCGUCCUCUGUAUUGACCUGAGCCCCGCCUCGGACCCGGCCUGUGGCCCCGGGGAGCUGGGCAGCAGCAACCAACCACGCCCUGGAGGCCUGGUUCUGUGGACGGGCCGGUGGGGGACUACUCGGGUGAAGGGCCUCCCUCCUGUGUCCGGGGGCCCUGGCAGACCCCUGACGGGCAGGUCUGGGUGUGUGCAUGUGGGAACGCCACCUUUUCGGGCCUUCCCAGCAGACUUUGCCCCACACCACCUGUUUGGUUUCUCGUUUCCACUUCCUGCUUGGGGCAGGUGGACCGUGCCUUCUCCGUGGGAGCCGUGUCCUACCCAGUCCUGGCCCUGGGUCUGCUCUCGUUGUCCUCACCUGCCCUCCUUCCCCUGAGCCUGGGUCAGCUUUGGGGGCCGCAGGGGUCCUAGGGACCAUGAACGGUACCUGUCACUCCAGUGAGCUCACCUGGCCCUACUGGGUCAAGAACAUCGUGGACGCCUACGUGGGCCUGCUGCUGGCGCUGGGGCUGCUGCUCAACGGCCUGGCGCUGUGGGUGUUCUGCUGCCGCGUGCGGCGGUGGACGGAGACGCACAUCUACAUGGCCAACCUGGCCGUGGCCGACCUCUGCCUGCUCUGCGCCCUGCCCUUCUUCCUGCAUUCCCUGAAGCAGAGAACCGAGGACACCCUGUUCUGCCAGCUCUCCCAGGGCGUCUACCUGACGAACAGGUACAUGAGCAUCAGCCUGGUGACGGCCAUCGCCGUGGACCGCUACGUGGCCCUGCGGCACCCGCUGCGCGCCCCCGCCCUCCGCUCCCCGCGGCAGGCCGUGGCCGUGUGCGCGGCGCUCUGGGCGCUGGUGACAGGCUCGCUGGUGCUCCGCUGGGCCCUGGGGGUGCAGGAGGGCGGCUUCUGCUUCCAGAGCGUCUCCCGGCAGAGCUCCAACACGACGGCCUUCUCCCUGCUGGGCUUCUACCUGCCGCUGGCCGUGGUGCUCUUCUGCUCCCUGCAGGUGGUCGCUGCCCUGGACCAGGGGCCGGCCGCCCACACGGACCAGGCAGAGGCCACCCGGAGGGCCACCCGCAUGGUCUGGGCGAACCUGGUCGUGUUCGUGGCCUGCUUCCUGCCCUUACACGUGGUGCUGGUGGUGCGCGUGGCCACGAGCCACAGCGCCCCCACCCCCGCCCUCUGCUACGCCCUCUACGUCACCAGCAAGCUCUCAGAUGCCAACUGCUGCCUGGACGCCAUCUGCUACUACUUCAUGGCCAAGGAGUUCCAGGAGGAGGCGUCGGCACUGGCCUCCAUGCCCACUGCCAAGGCCCACAGGAGCCGGGACUCUUUCUCUGUGACCCUGGCCUAGGACGCAAGUCGCCGGCACGCGGGCCAGGUCCCGGGCUCUCCGGGAGGUGCUGCCUGCUGGGGGCGCCCCGGCUCACCGUGGAUGGGGGCAGGCUCCAGGGGGCCUGGCAGGGUGGCGACGACCCAGGCACGGACCCUGCAGUGGUGACGCGCCCAUCCCCGGGGUGGAAGAGGGUGGGAGGACUGAGCGAGGUCAACCCCUGGGGCCCUGAGAUUGGGCCAACACCUGCAGUGCCCAGGGUGUGGUACCCCUGGGGUACUGGGGUGGACGCUUGCUCUGUGCCUGGAGGCCUCAAUGGCCAGCUUUCUGCAGCCAACCUACAGCGGUUGGAAUAAAGCUGUUCCCCUGA